AUACCUACUACUAAAUAGUUAUUAAAAGUUUUUUACGCUUUAUAAAAACGUGUAAAUUCUCUUAAACAUAAUGAAAAAUGUGAUCUUUAUUCUAUUUUUUAGUGUGAUAUUAUACACACUAACUUAUGGUUAUAAGCCUGUUAUUCUGUUACAUGGAAUUAUGACUGGUUCGAAAAGUAUGGAGCUAAUUAAGAAACGAAUAGAAGAGAAACACCCAGGUACUGUUGUGUAUAAUAUUCAACAAUUUGAAGGAUGGUAUAGUUUAGAAAACAUGUGGUAUCAAGUUCAACAAGUCUCUCAAAAUAUAACAAAUAUCACAAUGAAACAUCCAGAAGGCGUCAACUUUAUAGGUUAUUCUCAAGGUGCUCUUCUUGGUAGAACUAUUCUUCAAGCUAAUCCAAACCACACAGUUCAUCGUUACAUAUCAUUAAGUGGUCCUCAAGCUGGACAAUAUGGAACACAGUUUCUUCAUUUGUAUUUCCCGGGAUUAGCUUUAAAAACAGCUUUUGAGUUAUUUUAUUCUAGAGUUGGACAACAUACUUCUGUAGGAAAUUAUUGGAACGAUCCGUAUCAUAAAGAAUUGUACAUGAGUUACUCGCAAUAUUUGCCUUACAUAAAUAAUGAGAUCCCAAAUGUAAAAAGUGAUGAUUUUAAAAAUGCUUUGCUCAAAUUAGAUAGGCUUGUAUUGAUUGGAGGGCCUGAUGACAAUGUCAUAACACCUUGGCAAUCUAGUCAGUUUGGAUAUUAUAACGAAAACGGAACUGUGAUAGAUAUAAAAGAUCGUGCCAUAUUCCAGCAGGAUUCGAUUGGGCUGAAAACACUUUACGAAAAGAAGAAAUUAAAGCUAGUCACUGUGCCAGGCGUCAACCAUUUCAUGUGGCAUCUUAACAUGACGAUAUGUGAUAAUUAUAUUUUACCUCAUCUUGAUUGAUAUCGAUUUUCUUUAUAGAUAAUAAUUAUUAGGCGACAUUUUUUAAUUUUAUUAAUUUAGAUAAUUUAUUUUAAAUAAUUUAUUUAUAUGCACUUCUUUAAUGUGCACGGAUAUGUAUAUCAUUUUAAGACUUAAAAAAGACAGUAAAAACAGUGAUUACCAAACCAAAAAUUGCUCAUUUUUAUGUAGUGUAUGAAUAAAAAUAAGUAUGUCAAAUUA